CAUGAAACCCGUGUAUUAGUCCUCGAUCGAUACAGAGAGAGAGAGAGAGAGAAAUGCUGAGAGAGAAAGCAGCAGAAGUAGCCCUGAACGGAAGAUAGAAUAGGAGGGAGAGACAAGGGCGGUUAGGCGACGGCUUCGGUGUCUCCGCCAUUUUCUGUCUGAAGAUAAGUUUUCAGCAAACAAGAAAAUACGCCAUCUGCUAAUUUGCGCCGUCGGUCGUCAUUGGCUCCGAAAUGGCUGGAUUCUAGGGUUUGGAAGAUCAAUUGUGGAGAGUGAGAUAGGGCUUUUGAAGUGACAUUGUAGUAUUGGACAAGUGGUAAUUGUUUAUUGGCUUGAAGCGAAUGGGGGACACUGAGGAUGCUCGUAGUGAUAUGAUGCAAAGACUACAAUCUUCUUUCGGGACUUCAUCUUCUACGGUCCCUAAGCAACCUAUUUCUAUAAAUCAACUCGAUAUACCUCAGUUCAAUACUUCACAAAUUCGUGGUCCGAUGAGACAAUUUUCACCCAACUUUAAUCUUGAUGCCAGCAAGAGGGCUGGGAUACCGCCGUCCCAUCCUCAAAUCCCUCCUAUUUCACCUUAUUCCCAGAUCCCGACAAGCCGGGCUGCAAAUCAGCCUGUGGGUUCUCAGAAUUUUAGUCCUGGACCAACUCAUUCGCGAUCUUUAUCACAGCCUUCUUUUUUCUCGCUUGAUUCACUGCCUCCAUUCAGCCCAUCACCGUAUCGGGACCCACCGUCAAGUUCUGGCACAUUAUCUACUGAUGUGUCAAUGGAGGAUAAAGAUGCGGGCUCGCAUUCUUUAUUGCCACCUUCCCCUUUUGGGAGGGGAAGUUCUUCUAGGGCAGGGGAAAGUCUUCCUCCUCGCAAGGCACAUAGGCGAUCUAUUAGUGAUAUCCCAUUUGGAUUUUCAGCCAUGAUGCAAUCAUCACCACCUACUCUCCUCCCGGUCAAGAAUCCAGGUCCUUUAGAGCGUUCCAUGUCAUCCAGGGAUAAUUCAAGUGCUAAGCCAAUCCAACUGGUUAAGCGGGAGACAAGUUGGGAGAGAGGUUCUGAGAGCAAUGCGGAAGGAAUGGGUGAGAGGAAAUCAGAAGGAGAAGUUGUGGAUGAUCUGUUUUCUGCUUAUAUGAAUUUGGACAACAUUGAUACAUUGAACUCUUCUGGGACUGAUGACAAGCUGUCUAAUGACAAUCGUGAGGAUUUGGAUAGUAGAGCCAGUGGCACAAAGACAAAUGGGGCUGAUAGCAGUGAUAAUGAAGCAACAAGUAGCAUGAAUGAUAAUGGCAAUGGUUUGCAAAAACAAAGUAUUAGUUCUGCUGCUGAGAAGAGGGAGGGGAUCAAAAGGAAUGCAGGUGGAGAUAUUGCUCCAACCACCCGACACUAUAGAAGUAUUUCCAUGGAUAGUUUCAUCGGAAAGAUGAACUUUGGUGACGAGUCUCCAAAACUGCCACCAUCCCCCGGAAUACGCCCAGGACAAUUGUCACCCAGCAAUUCAAUGGAUGGGAAUUCAAAUACCUUUAACUUGGAAUUUGGAAAUGGUGAGUUCAGUGGGGCUGAACUCAAGAAAAUUAUGGCCAAUGAGAAACUUGCUGAGAUUGCAUUAGUUGACCCAAAGCGAGCGAAAAGGAUUCUGGCAAAUCGGCAAUCUGCUGCCCGUUCCAAAGAACGCAAAUUGAGGUAUAUUGCUGAACUGGAGCACAAGGUUCAAACUUUACAGACUGAAGCAACCACAUUGUCUGCCCAGCUUACACUAUUGCAGAGAGAUUCUGCUGGACUCACAAGCCAGAACAAUGAAUUGAAGUUUCGGCUACAAGCCAUGGAACAGCAGGCACAGCUUCGAGAUGCUCUUAAUGAAGCUUUAACUGCCGAGGUUCAGAGGUUGAAGCUUGCAACUGCAGAGCUGAGUGGGGAUCCCUCGAAGUUCCAGCAACUUUCCAUCAACCCUCAGAUGUUCCAGCUGCACCAGCAGCAGUCGCAGACUGCACAGCAGUCACAGCCUCAAUCACAACAGCAGCAGCAGCCAAAUGCCGGCACCAGCACAAAGCAAGACUGAAGCCGCAAGUAGGCUGUAAAAGAAGAUAAAUGGCAUGGAAGAUCUGGGUUCUUAUCUAUUUAUGUUGGCAUAUAUGGUUCUUAUUAUUUAGCAGUAAUCGUAUCCAAUGCAUUCAUUCAUUAGUUUUGCAUCUGCAACAGAACAUAGUAAGAUGUGGUUAUUAUAUACUCCAAACACAUCUCUAGCACAUCCAUCCCAAACUGUUUAUUUAGGUCGUCAUAGACAUGCCCUUAUAUUUGUAGCCUUUUGUAUGUUGAACCGAAGUUCAUUUUAGCCUUUUGUUGCAACUAUAGGAGGGACAUAUAUAUUUAUAUGAAGAAAAAAGAGUCGGAUGGUUGAAUUUUAA